CGGACAAUGCAUCGUGCUGUUCGGUAUUGAAUAGGCUAUUGAAUAGGCUAAUGGGAACAUUUGAUAAUUCUGUUUAAAAUGAAUUAAUCUGAUACUAACAAAGGCCAGGUUAUUAGUCAAAUCGGGUCAGUUUACUGAGAAUGUGAGUAGCUACUGAGCGUUGAAGUGAGAUUGAAGAAGACACCUGGAGGAGGGAAUCUCAAGUUCAUAAUUUUGAUUGACGUGCAUGUUUCUUCUGCCCGCUCGAUUUUCCCAGCUAAACCAUAAAAUAGGAGGGGCGUCGAGUAGCAUGUACAGUUCUUUGUUGACUGAACAUGUAGGUUACAGUGCACGCCGUUCUCGGGUCAGUUAGGUAGCCUACACCUUUCAAAUCCUUGUUUUUGACUCCAGUUUUUAGAAGGGAUCUACUGACGUCCGGCAGGUAUUCGCAAGGGCAAAAAGUCUGAAGAUGUUUGCCACUGCAACAAAAAACUUUGUGGAAGAGAUUGACGAUGGCUCCUUGAUCCCCGUGUCCAGUCUGAGUGACAGCCUUUCUCCGUUGACCCUGGUUAUCAAGCGCAAUCGUUUCUUUCCGUGGCAGAAACCCAAAUACCGACCCACUGACUUUACCCUGAACGAUCUGCUGACCGGAGACAAGCCCAUUAGCCCAGUUGUAGUUGAGACAGUAUUAUUAAAGUUUCAUGGGACUUAUGGUGACAGCAUAUCAGCGAACGUGGAGGCAAACCUGGUCCGUGUCAACUUCAAUGUCGAGGGAAAAGACACCUCCAAACUCCAGUCAUCAUUUGGCACUUUAAAAAAAGAGGAGGUGGAUGUGCAACAACUGUUGGUUGACUCCAGAAAUAGGAUUUUGGACAUGUCCCACUGUCUGAUCCAGCAAACCAGGCAGAAACACAAGGAGGUGUUUGGGGUGGUAAAGGAGAGGAUAGUGACGACCCAGCCCUGUUCGGUCAUAGAGGAGGUUCAGCAGGCGGGUCAGCUAGGCGGCCUUCUCAGCCUCUGUGGUCCCAAGCUCACCAAGGUGUGUGUGAAGGAGAACAGCAGCCUACAGAAAGACAGUAAUAUCACCAUGGAGAUUCCUCCCCACACUGUCCUGGCUUAUGACAUCAUUGAACUUGUGGUCAAAUCAACUGGAAAGUACUACCUGUGUCUUAUGUCCGACACUUCCGGGGGCUUUGAAGUGGACGGGCCUGUAAAGAAGAAUGUAGUGGCUCUACCAUGUGCCAGUGGAGGCACCAUAAAGAGCAGCCCCCUUAAGAGAGAACUCGAUAGUCUGACCGAUCACUUCCAACUGCUGGCAGGCCUGGCUAGGGCGAAACGCUCCUCUCUGCUCCAGCUCCUCAGGACCAUCAUGAAGGAUGGUCAUGCCGUCAGUUUGCUGGAGAACAUACUGGAUCAGAUGUGCCUUGGUUUAUCCCCAGACCUGGGUGAUGUUGAGGAUGGCUCCCUGAAGCAGACCUUCCAGGCUGUUCUGGAUCUUGUUGGUCAGCCCCAGACAGACCGUUCCCCGUCUCUCCUGAGUGCCACUCACCUGGUUGUUAGUGCCUUGGAUGAAAUGACAGAAGAGGACAUGUCUGUUUUGGGGUCCUGCAGUCCUCCACUCUUACAAGCCCUGGAUCUCCUGGUGCAGCAGAGUGUAGUGGAAGGAGGGGUCUCCUCUCUGAGAGAUGCAGGGCUGGCCCCCCUGACUGAGGAGCAGGGCUAUGAGAGAGCACAGCGGCUCCUGGCCUCCUCCUGUGUGCUUCUGAAGAGAAAGGGAGACGAGCUGCAAACAGAGAUCAUUAAUCCCCCACGUGGAAGUCCCCCAACUAUAGUCCUGUGCAUCGCUGUGAGGGCAUUGGCCUCUUCAGGCCAUGGUAUUUGAGAGUGGGUUUGAGUGUUUAUGCCAGGGCUGCGCAACCAUUUUCCAGAAGAGCCAAGUUCCUGUUUUCAUUCCAAACCUAAUUCAGCACACUUGAUUAUAAUAACUAGCUGGUUGACAAGCUAAAUUGUAUCUUUUACAAGUGGGGUUUGAGCCAGGCAUUCAAAAUGACCACAAUAACACAUUUUGGGGGUUUUGUGUGGCAGAUGUUUCACCUUACCUUAUUUUUAUUGGGAUACUAAAACUGAGCUAUUGACCUCUGGUAGACCAAGUUGCUGCUCCAUCAGAUUCUGGCUUUGACUGACGUAUUUCACUACUUUCAGAAUGAGAAAUCCUUAAAAGAAUUGUGUAUAAAACAUGAGUUCCAAACUUCUUUAAAGGUAUAGUAUGCUAUUCUGGAACGAGAAACGUAUUAGUAACAUCAUUUUUAUGAAUGUUUUUAUUUUAAAUCAUGCCAUUUUUAUUGAUCAAUAAACAUAUUUG